CCUCUGUCCGGGAAGAAGCACAAAGCGCAGCAGAGGAGUGUGACGCGGAUCAGGAAGUCAGGGCUGCAACAACGAUUGAAAGAUUGCAGGGAGAGCCUCCAACCUGGGCCCUGAAAACUAGACUCUAGAGUUGUCCUUGACAAGGGGGAAGCCUUUUCGGCGGGUGGUUGAUACUGCGCAAACCUGCUUUGGUCAGGACGAUGCGGGGUGCAUGAGAAGAGAAAAGUUGGUUUUUCUGAACGGGAGCAGUCAGCGCGGCGCUUUAUUCUCGUGCAAGCAGAGUUUACAAACAGUCACAGGCAGUGUGGGCUCUUAGCGCCCUUACUGUCCCUGGUCGCAGGAAAUACUUUUUUUUCAGGAUAUAGUCGCAUCUUCAGAAGUUCUUCCCAGGACAAAGGCAGAAAAAAUGGAUCCAAUGGAGGUGGAGCAAAGUACGGAGGCUGUGGAUCAGGUGGCAAGCAUUCCAGACGACGUCGUAAUCCGCAUCCUGUCCUCACUCAAGGACGCGCGCCUAGUUGCCAAGUGCUCGCUGGUCAGCAAGCGGUGGCAGCAGAUGUGCGCGCGCGUGCAGACGCUCCACUUCUACAGCGGCCUCUUCAAGGGGCACAACGACUAUGAGGAGAUUGUUGGGAAGAUGGUCCUCAAGACCUGCGAGCUGCGGAGCCUGCAGGUCGCGUUGCACCAGGACCGCCACACGAUGGCCGACGGCAACCGGCCGCGCGGCAUCAGCGACGGGGAGCUUUUCAGAUGGCUGGACCACACGGCCCCCCACCUCGAAAACUUCUACAUCUCCGAUCUCGGCGACGGACUCCCCGAAGCGAAGCUCUGGACGGGGCGCUUCGCGCGCCUCGCGACGUGCACCAUGCUCAAAACCCUCGUUUUGAGCAACUCCGAGAUUACGCACGCGCCCGGGUUCGAUGCUCCCCCCCUCAGCCGGCUGAAGUCGCUGACCCUGUAUGGGGUCGUGUGCGGGGCCGACUCGGCGGAACGGGUGCUCGGGUUAUGUCCCCGGUUGGAGAAGUUACUGAUAACGGGGUGUCUGGGCGUGACGAGUUUGAGGAUCUCCAACCCGCACUUGACGACGUUCGCGCUGAAAGAGCCCCCGACGCCGGUUAGCAGCAUAACCCUGCGGACGCCGGCGCUAACCAGGUUGAGCUUGGAGCAGGUCGCGGGGGUGAGCCUCGAGGCGGGGCGCGCACUGACCAAGCUGCACCUGCGCUCGGACCACUCCAUCGUGCUCAACUUGCAGAACACCGGGAAUCUGCAGGACCUCAAAAUCGUGGGCAAGGGUUGGGACUGGGACAGCAUCCAGCAGCUGCUGUACGCUAACCCCAAGGUUAAGAACGUCGCCUUCUACAUCAAGUGCCGGGACCAGAUCCACGCCAACGGAGUCCCCGUUGAGCCCGUCCGGCUCGACCGCUUCUUCUACACGCUGCAGGAGGUGCGCAAGAUGGAGAUCGGCGCGGAGCUGAUGUGGGUGCUGUCGGCGGGGCGGCUAGACGCGGCCACGAUCGCGGAGGCGAACCCGGUGUGGAUGCCCAAGGUGCAGGAGAUCAAGCUGGGGGCCGUCAAGGCCAAGGCAGUCUACAUUGACGUCCUCGCCGCGCUGCUCAACCGGUGCCCCGAGCUGAAGCGCGUGGUGGUGGACACGAGCCAGCUGAAGAAGAGCAGCUGGAAUUGCUCCACCUUCUUCUCCGACGUCCUGCGGCUGCAGCGCGCGCACCCCGCCACCGACAUCAAGAUCAACAUGCCCGACCUGUUUGUGCCCCCCAAGGGCCGAGAACAGUGAGCGCGCCUGGGGCGGAGAGGCGUGUCGGUUGGUAACAGUGAAACGCGCACCGGGCAGGAAGGUGUGUCGGUCGAUAAUAGUGAUCGCGACCCGGGCAUUUAGGCGUGUCGGCCAAGGACAGUGAGUGCGCACCCAGGCAGGAAGGCGCGUGAGUUGGUGCAAUCGGUGAGUCGGUGUAGGCGCCCCGCUAGGACGCGAGUCUGGGGGGAGGAACGGGAGUGGGGCACAUUUGGGGAGUAGUUUCCCCUAAAUGGAGUGGACUUGGAGGUUUAGAGGGUCGGUGACUGGCUGGUUGAGCGACUCCGCAUUGCGCUGCGAAUGAGUGGCGACUAGGGGAGGGUUGCUGGUGAGAUUAGGUGGGUGGAGGGUUCGGGUGGGCGGUCGAACGAGCUUCGGGAUGGGGGGGCGGUAGGUUCAGGUGAAUAGCGCCAAGAACGCUGUUGGGGCCAGCCGGGACCGUAGAGGUCUCUUAGCGGGCGAGACUGCUCCCAAACGCUGAGGAACUCAGCCUGCAGAGAGAAGCCAAGUCGGGAAAGGAGCGCUUUGCUCCUCAGCAAAGACGGUAGGGAUUCAGUUGGUUGCUUCGUGGCGCCGUCUGGCUUGUGAGGACGGGAGCAGCGCACGUCUGAGAGGUUGACAGCUAGUCAUCCUGACAUCGUGACGUGCACGAGACAGACUGUAGAUAGGGCAGGGACGUCAGGAUAGGGAGGGUUAGCAAGGUACUGAGGCUCUGCCUCUCAAGGAUUGAAUGGGCUGCUUUUACUUAAGUUAGAGAAUAUGAGUAGGUGUAGGACUUGGUCUCCAUACGACUGCACGAGCUGUGGGCCCGAGACUGCUGCAUUAUGCGGACCAUAUAACGAAGUAACUAGUACACAUGACCGCCAAUGCGUAUCGUAAUUGGGAUCCAAGCUAGGACUGCGCAU